CCCGUGUGUUUACAUAAGGGAGAUAAUUUUGAGAAAUAUUGAUAAGACUCGGCUGUAGUUUGGGGUAUAUUGUAAAUCAAUACACAUAUUUCUGCUUUAUCAGCCACCUUUACUGGUAUACAGUAUAUACACAUACACUGCCGCCCAGUACGCGUCUUAGCCUAGCUUAUAUAAAGGCGGUGGUAUUGCUGUUUGGACAACUGACCCGGAACAGAUACCAGGACCAAAAUCACCCCGAAACACCUGAUCGCCGUGAUAAGUAAUGCACCAGUACCACACCGUAUUAAUCUGCAGGGUACGACAGGCGCGUGUGUCAAACGGACCUCGAAACGUCGGUUUGUUAUUGUGAACGACAUUUUCCCCUAUCAAGACAAUAUCCAUGGAUGUAUCAGCUAAUGUGAGUGUGGACACAUUUGGUCUUGUAUGUUGAACCCUAUAAUUUGGUGCCAGGUAUGUGAGAUUUGACGUCAUGGCACAGCGCGUGAUCCAGAACGUGGAGAAUGACUACCUCAUGUGCAGCAUCUGUCUGGGUCGGUAUGACGACCCACGUCUACUGCCGUGUGGACAUACAUUCUGUAGGGAGUGUCUGUCCGGACACAUACAGCAGACGGUUAUUGACCGAAACUCACGCCAUUUCACCUGUCCCAUCGAUAGGAACAUGGUACCGCGACCGGCAAACCGUGCGCCCAAGGAUUGGGCAGGUCUUUUUCCUACCGACACGUUCUUAUCGAGUUUACUGACAACUGUUCUGCAACAUGAAGGGGGGCAAGGAAAUAACACGUCAGUUUCAAUACAAAAAAGUGGACGAGCUGCAGGUAAUGACAGGUCAUCUCGUUCUAACGUUUCAAACGAUAGACCAUUUCAUUCGAACGUUUCGAACGACAGACCAUUUCAUUCAAACGCUUCCGAUAACCCUUUCCACGAAGGCCAUGCAGUACCAUCUCUCGGCCAAAUCCAUAUGUCUGAAGGCCUAACGUGUGUGGAACACCCGGGCAGAGACCUUGAAUUUUUCUGCCUUGGCUGUAACGCUCUUGUUUGCGCGUAUUGUGCGGUCAGGGGCCACAGAGGUCAAAGAUGUGAGUGCAUUGCUAUUGAAGACGCUGCCGGGAGACUGAGACCACGCAUGGAGGCAUUAAGGAGGAGGCUUCGCGGGCAAAUGUCGAGGAUGGAGCAACUGAGCCGAGGGGACACUCCGGCUGAUGGCAUGCUUGAUGCUAGUAGAACCAGAGCUAUGGAAAAACUGGACGAGAUAGAAAAUAGUUUAAGUAGAUUCGCUCAGACGUGUUUGGAAAGUGUGGAAGAACUUCGACAACAAACAAGAGAGGCAGGUAGAGGGUUGAUGACCGAAAAUGCUCAACUCUCUCGCCUUUUUGACAGCAUACAGGAAACGAAGCUAACGUUUGAAAAUGUAGUGAAUUCUAAUUCUGGACCAGAUUUGUUAAAUUGGCUAUCUAGAAUGGAAAAACAAGCAGGCGACUAUGAUGCAGCCAUUUCUUCAUCCUCCCACACCAAUACGCCGUCAGAAGCAGAGUUUGUGGCGCACACGGUCUUCAGUAACUUUUUAAGGAACCCUCCUCCUGUCGGGUCAGUGAGGGUCAAGCACGACAAUGGUGGACAGUCACAACGCAAUCAGGGAUGUAGAAUACAGUAGUCUGAACCUCUGUCCAGGUUAGCUCAGAGACGGACCCUUCUCACGUACUGUGUCGAUAAAACAUUUGUAUUUGUAUUUAAUAGGACGUCAUUGAACAUUUGCUUCCACCAAUGUUUGAAACUGAAAUAAAU